UCUUUUUCUGCUUACGUACAUACAUACGUGUACGUACAUGGUGUGCAUGCUAGCCAGCUCAUCUUGUUGUCGCAGACCACCCAGCUUGCUGGUGGCACAGAGCGGAAAAGAUGGGGGCAGUAGUAGCUAAGAGUAAGGUUAUUCCUGUUGCUCAAAUCUCCGUGCAACCAGCGCAGGGCAGCAGCGAAGACGGAGGCGCAAACUGCCACAGCCCGGCAGAAAUCCGAGCGACAUCUUCACUUGAGAGCAGUAUAAGAACCACUCUACACUCUGGUGGAGAGAGGCACUCUAGCUCGGACGCUACUCCCCAGGCAGAGAGUCGCAUGUCACGAAGGAACUCCUCCGGACGUGCUAGGGGCAGUUGUAGAGGAUACAGGCUUAUGAGUGGGAAUAGAUCGACGCGAGCAGGACUGCCUCUACAGCGAGACUUUGACUUGAAUUCGUCUGGAUAUUCGAGGCGCGUCCCACCGCUGCGUCUCGACGGAGACCCUGAAUGUAGCACUGUCGUCCUGCUGGCAACAGAAGCCAACGUCGGCGUUGAGCAUGCUGCUACAUGCUGCCAGUUAUGUGGUAAUGGUUUCAGCACGAUUCGUGUCCCUCUCCUCCUCCUCUGCGGUCACUCCUUCUGCGAGCAGUGCAUACAUAGAGCGACUGAGAAAUACCCGUCUGCCUUGAAGUGUGGCGUGUGCUCUAUCGUGACACCACUAGGCCAGCAAAACCCUGAUACCCUCCCCAAAAAUGAGUCUAUUCUUGACCUAGUCACAUCUCGUGAUUUUACAUCCAUAGUGACUGAAAAAAAUGUCGACAAGUGUGCAGAAUGUAUCCACCACCAAGCAUCUGUGUACUGCAGUGAGUGCUCAGCUUCCUACUGUAGUAACUGCUCUAAGAAGGCCCACGAAGGUUCCCGCGUUCGCUCCAAGCACAAGCCUGUACCAGUUAAUUUGAAGCCACGGCCACAGCCAACCUGCCGCAAGCACCCUGGUCAGAGUUGUGUUCUCUACUGUGAGACAGAGAGACAGCCUAUGUGUGUCCUCUGCAAAUUCUACAACCAACACCGCUUCCACAAGUACGCUUUUGCCAGGUAGAUUGAUACAACAUGAUUAAGUUUUUAUUUGCUCUACAGGUUUGAUCUGUUGAGUAAAGUUGCAACAAAAUAUACAGCCACUGUAACGGAGAGGCUCUCUAAGUUGGAUCGAAUGGAAAAGGACCUCAGUACUACAGCAGCUUCUCUAGCGGUGGCAGUUGAAGAAGUCAAUAACAAUGCACGAAAAGUGCAGGAGAGAUUAGAGAGACACUGCAGUGGUAUAUUCUACAUUAUUGUGAUCCAUUUGGGUGCUGUAGUUGAAUGAAAUAUUGCAUUAUUCCAUAGACCUGCAGAAGGCGUACUGUGCAGCUAUUGAGCGACGUGAGACGGUGCUAUUGACACUACUAGACAGACAGGUUGAAAUCAAGCAAGAUAUGAUUGAGGAAGCAAGAACAGAAGUAGCAGCUGCCCGUGCUAGAAUUCUUGCUGCAAAGGAGGAAGCUGGACAACUUCUGAAGCUCAACCCUGUGACAGCCCUUCUCUCUCGUCAACACAUGGAUGCAAACUUUGACCGAGCUCUAAAGCGAACAACACUUGUAAUGAAGCCUCCUACGCAGCCUGAAGUACCUCUGUCCCUCCUGCCAGACAUAACUCCCACCAUUAAUGAGACACUGGGACAGCAUGGUGCUAUUCUGCAAUUACCUUCAAAGCCUUCAUUCCAAAACGUGACUGUGACAACAAACACAAUAUCACUAAAGUGGGAGUGUCAUCAGGAGAACAGCUCUGACAUCAGUAUGGACAGAACGUUAACUUUCUCCCUACACUGUCAUGCUGAUGUGCCAUUUAGACUCAAAUCUAAGAUCUCAUUCAAGAAGCAGAUUGUUAAAAGUGGAAUGCAGAUCACACCUGAAAGUGGCUUUGAGGACUUCUCUGGUAGUUCCGUUGAGCCAAGUACCACUUUCCCCUCAGUGCCCCAGUCCCUGUUGGGCAGUAGGAAUAUCUCACUCAUUGCCAUUCAACCAACUGAUACAGGUGUAAUACUGCAGGAUUAUCAUCCCAGUGUGCCUGCUGUUAAAAACACUCCCCAUGACCAGCCACCAAAGCCCAAACUGCAAGCACCAAUUGGCACCAAGCUACCAGAGAUAAUCAAACCAGCUCCUGGAAUCCAAGCCAUUCCACAUCUUCUGGCCUCUCAAAUUCCGUCGUCAUCCAGUGCUGCAAAACUGAAUCUUCCACCUUUAAAACAAACCCACGAGGCUCUAGCUGAGACAGAGACUGACCAGCUCAGUGACUCAACAACCGUCAGUGGAACACUGGCAGACUCAGAGGACCCCUGCAACUCUCCAACUCCCUAUACCAACAAGACCACAAGUAAAGUAGGAGCAAAGAAAGCAAUAGCAGUUGAUACAUACUCUACAGACAGCAGCUCAAGCAUGUCAGAGACAACUAGCAGUAGCACCCGAGAUCCCACAUUCACCAAUGUCGGGCGGUUCUGCAGAGGGUUUGCUUUUGAUGAGAUAUACUGUGGCAAAGAGAACAAAUUCCUCUACUCUGGCCUUCUUCCAGGAGCCACAUACUACUUCAGAGUCCAUUGCCAUAAUGCUGCUGGCUGGGGUCCAUGGAGUGACACUGUGAAAUGCACAACAGUUGUAGUUAACAAGUAACUGAACAUGCCAAGUGUCAAGUCUUGUUAAUUUCUACUGUGUGUACUCUACUAUGAAUAAACUUCUGUCAUGAAUACA